AUGUCACAACCAGAAUGCUAUAAAGAGAAUGAUCAGGUAUGUCACCUACAUAAAUCAAUCUACGGGCUCAAGCAGGCUAGUCGUCAGUGGAAUGUUAAAUUAAACAAUGCUCUGCUAAAAAUCGGAUUGAAAAGAUCAAAAAUAGAUCCAUGCAUUUAUUAUUCCGUAAAUAAAUCAAAAAUGAUUUUUAUUGCAGUAUGGGUAGAUGACUUCAUGAUAUUUACAAAUGACAAGAAAACGGCAACAGGUAUCAAAGUAAAACUUAAAGAAGAAUUCAAUAUGAAAGAUCUGGGUGAGAUAAAGCAGUGUAUUGGGAUAAAUAUAAAUAGAGAUCGUAAGGCAGGUGGGAUCAUGUUGGACCAAGAGAAGUACAUAAACCAAGUGUUAGAACGCUUUGGUAUGUCUGCUUGCAAACCAGUUCACACUCCGAUAGAGGUAAAUAUGAAAUUUGAUAAGAAACCUGAAAAUGAAGAUGGCAAUUUCCCAUACAGAGAAGCGGUGGGGUGUCUAAUAUAUUUGGCACAAGUUACACGACCUGACAUCACAUAUGCGGUGAACAAGUUGAGUCAGUACUGUAAUGACCCAGGUAUUCAACACUGGCUUGGAGUAAAAAGGGUUAUGAGGUACCUUCAAGGAACCAAGAAACUAAAGUUAUGUUAUCUCAAAGAUGACUCCAAGGAAAUAACUGGGUAUUGUGACGCAGAUUGGGCUACUGAUCCACAGGAUAGAAGAUCAUGCACCGGUUACACUUUUAUUUUUCAAAAUGCUUCCAUAUCUUGGAAUUCUUGUAAACAACAGACUGUGGCACUCUCAACAGCAGAGGCUGAAUAUAUGGCAAUGGCUUCGGCGACCCAGGAGGCGUUGUGGCUUCGGCAACUACAAGCUGAGCUCGGGCAAGGCCUGGACAGUGCAUUACUUAUCUAUAGUGAUAAUCAAAGUGCGAUAAGGUUGGCAUCAACUGACUGUUAUAAAGCUAAGACUAAACAUAUAGAUAUAAGGUUGCAUUUUCUCAGGGAAAACAUUGUUAAUUGUAAAGUUAAUUUUUUAUUUGUAAAUGGUUGUAACAUGGUAGCUGACAAUUUGACAAAGGGUGUAACACUUGCCAAGCAUUUAUACUGUAUUAGUAAGAUGGGAUUGCGUUCUAGAGGGAGUGGAACGCAACCAUUUAUAUUUUUUUGUUGCAUUCACUGCUAA